AUGGCGGAGCGGGUCCCACCUCCCGCCGAUCAUGAACAUGAAAACGACACACUCGAUCGUGAACCCAAUGGUAUUUACAAUGGCGAAAACGACAAGUAUUUCUCCCAAUUCCCAAAAUCCGAAACUACUACUACCAACUCUAAUUGCUUUGGCCGCGUCCACGCCACUUACGUCGUCCAAGUCCCCAAGGACCAAAUCUACCGAGUCCCUCCCCCCGAGAACGCCGCCAUCGCCGAACGACGUCAUAACCCCACCAAAAACGACAACAAGAAAAUCAAGCCCUGCACCUCUCGCUGCUGCUGCGUCCUCCUCUUCGCCACCGUCAUCGUCCUAGCUCUUGGCCUCAGCGCAAGCGUUCUCUCCGCCUAUUUUAAGCCCCGGAACCCCAACUUCUACGUCGAACGCGUCGACGUAGCUUUCAACAACACUCUGCAUGAUCCUCACCACUCGCGCGAUUCGCGAGCUUGCAACGUCACGUUGAGAUCCGAGAACACGAACGCAAAAGUCGACGUGUCGUACAGAGAAGGCGGAGUCGUUUCGCUUUGGUUUAGGGAACGGGAAAUCGGUGUUGGGGAAUUCCCGGAGUUUUAUAACGCGCGUGCGAAUUCGACGGUGUUUGAUGUGGCGCUUCGUGGAAAGAAUGCCGACGUCGUUGUUGAUAGGUUGAGGAAGGAGAUGGAGAAGAAGAAACAGAAAGGUCGCGUAAAAUUGUCUCUGAAGAUGGAGAACAUCACGGCCAGAACAGAUCAAGUGUGGACGUGGAUUACUGGGAUCGUGAAAUUAGUUGCUGCAUGCGACGUGACGGUGGAUUCUUUGGCCGCAUCAGGUUCUCGUGUUCUGUCUCAGGAAUUUUUUUUGGAGGAGUAUGUGAAAAAUGCGCUUAGUAGAUUCAACAUGGAUGAUGCCAAAUUAAUGAGUACUCCUUUAGCUAGUUACUUCAAACUAUCAAAGGAAAAGUGGCUUAUGACAAAGCAGGAGCAGGACUACAUGGCCAAGGGCUAUGUAGAUGCUGACAUGGCUGGUGAUAUUGAUGGCAGAAGACAGUUGCUCUCUCCACUAUUGAGGCAGAGUAGCAUUGAUUGA